AUGCCAACAGAAAGUAAGUAUGUCAUGAAUCAUCCAAAACAAAAAAAAUGCUGUUAUUUUAAACUGAACUCUGAAAUUCAGUCAGCUAAAAUAUCCAAGGCACAAUUAUGGAUACAUCUAAAGCCUGUCCAAAUGCCUGCAACAGUUGUGGUGCAAAUCCUGAGACUCAUUAAACCCUUGAAAGAUGGUACAAGACACAUUGGAAUUCGAACAUUAAAACUUGACAUGAAUCCAGGACUUGGAACUUGGCAAAGCUUUGAUGUGAAAACUGUUCUGCAAAACUGGCUGAAGCAACCUGAAACCAACUUAGGCAUUGAAAUUAAAGCAUUGGUUGGAAAUGGAGAAGACCUAGUCGUUACCAACAAUGAAAAUGGCCUGGUAGGUUUUAUAUUGCACUUAACACUCUUUUAA